CCGGCCGGGCCGCUUUGCCUCGGCCGCUCCCUGGCUGGGCGAGCGGCGCCUGGCCGGAGGGAUGGGCUGAAGGCAGCGGCGCCUGAGGGAGAGGAGGAGGAGGAAGAGGAGGCGGCGAGCGAGCCCGGAGGGCGCCCCGCUGCAGAGCCAGGAUGGCCACGGACAUCACCCCUGAAGCAAUCGGGUUCCUCUCUGCGGUCGGAGUCUUCAUCCUCCUCCUCACCUUCCUCUUCCUCUUCAUCAACAAGAAGCUUUGUUUUGCGCAAAUAGGGGGGCUCCCUUGCUUGGAACAACAGGGGAAGCGCAAGAGCUACAGAGAUCAACAUGGAGUUCAUGAGGGACUCGUGCACAGUUACGGGGAGGACGAGGAUCUCACGACGUCUUCCGACAGCGACGACGAGAUGAUCAAGCAGUUCGAGAUCUCCGUCUCGCGUUCCCAGAGCUUUCGGUCGGGAGUUUCAGAAAAAGGGACCCAAGCGGGUUCCGACCGCAGGCCCAAAUUCAACCGCUUGCUGUCGAACCACGAGGAAUACAGUACGGAGGGAUCGGAAUGCGAAGAUCUGGACGGGUUCAGCCAACUGAGUUACCAAGACAACCUCUCUUAUCAUGAGGAUGAUCGGCUCUCCUUCGAUUCGAGAACUGCCUCAGAGAGUCGGGGCUCUGGUCAGCCCAAAGACCCCGAGAGAGAAGCUGGUGCGACUCCUAAUCUCAGCCGGCAAGAAACCGAAGGCAGCUUGGAAAUGGAAACGGCCUUUAGCAACCAAGCCUUCGAAGGGAACGAUGCGACUGACAGCUCGUCGGCCUGGAGCCCGGAGGAAUUCGAUGAAGCACGUGCCCUCCCGGUUCAUCCCAGCGCCCACGAGCCCAUUUCCAAAUGUGGCGACUUAGAUGUCCUCUUUGACUAUAGGCCCUCAAGCCAAAAGUUGGUUGUGACUAUCCUGGAAGCGAAAGAUAUCCCGGACAAGGACCGCAGCGGGGCGAGCAGCUGGCAGGUGCACACGGUCCUGAUGCCCAGCAAGAAACAGAGGGGGAAGACGGGCGUCCAGAGAGGGCCCAACCCCGUCUUCAAGGAUAAGAUAACCUUCGCAAAGCUGGCCCCCGAGGAGCUGAGCAGCUACGCUCUCCGUUUCCGUCUCUAUGCAGUGCGCAAAAUGAUCAAGGAGCGGAUGAUGGGCGAGCGGCUCUUCCAUCUCGGGAGUCUCAACCAGGAGGGGGUCAUGAAGGUGACGCUGGUCCUGGAGCCCAGGAGCAACCUGCGGCGUGGAGGUUCUCAGAUUAGCCUCUCUGCCGUCUCUCACAGUGACAGCGCCUCUUCAAACCAGUCCUUGUCUCACGGAGGGGUUCCAGAGCUGUUGGUGGGGCUCUCCUACAACGCCACGACGGGGCGACUGUCGGUCGAGAUAAUCAAGGGCAGCCACUUCCGCAACCUUGCGAUUAACAGACCGCCUGAUACUUACGGGAAGCUCUGCCUCCUGAACUCGGUCGGCCAGGAAAUGUCCCGUUGCAAGACCUCUGUCCGCCGGGGCCAGCCGAACCCCGUCUACAAAGAGACUUUCAUCUUCCAGGUGGCCCUGUUCCAGCUCUCGGACGUCACGCUCAUGAUCUCCAUCUACAACCGCCGCAGCAUCAAGCGCAAAGAGAUGAUCGGCUGGCUUUCCAUGGGGCAGAACAGCAGCGGAGAGGAAGAGCUCGGCCACUGGCAGGAAAUGAAGGAAUCCAAGAGCGAGCAGGUGUGCCGGUGGCAUACCCUCUUGGAAUCCUAACACAGAAAUGGUCGCUUUCGCACUGGGCCUUCCGGCCCAAAGGACCAAAGCUGUAUCCCCGACAUUUGGGGUGCAGAGAGUUAGCGAUUGAGAACUGAACUGGGCUUUUAAAUGCAUUGUCUUUCAUUUCUGUGCCACUGGAAUCUCUUGGCAGGGGCAGAUCAGGGGCGUACCAUCCAGGGGGACAAAAGGGGUCAUAUAUCCCUGGGCUGCAGCCAUUUAGUCACAGGGGGGAAUCUCCCCCACACCCCUCCUCCUUCCCCCCAGGUCCAUACACUGAUUUUAAGAUCUGGUGCAAAAAAUUCGUUUGGUCAUGAUGGGGGAAUGUUUUGGUCGUGAUGGCGGGGGUGGAAAACUCAGAUUUUGCACCGGGCUAUGUUUUUCCUAGAUACGCCUGUGGGCCAGAGGCACAGUUAAAGCUAGUGACGCUUGAGAGACCCACAAGAUUUUCACAGUGUGAGCUUUCGAGAGUCAAAGCUCUCUUCCUCAGAGAUGAGUUCUGGCCCUCAAAAGCGUAUCCUCCCAAAGUCUCGUGGGUCCUUAAGAUGCUACUUCACUCGAAUCUAGCUGUUCAGGUACAGACCACCAUCGCUGCCCCCUAAAACCAGGGCCCCUUCAGCACAUGCAGAAUAAUGCACUUUCAAUCCACUCCCAAUGCACUUUGAAGCUGGAUUUUACUGUGCGGAAUAGCAACAUCCACUUGCAAACAAUUGUGAAAGUGGACUGAAAGUGCGUUAUUCUGCAUGUGCGGAAGGGGCUUGAGUCGGAGCCAAGUUACCCUCCAAUCGGUACCGGAGACUAGCACCAUGUGUUAUCUCUGUGCCCGUCCUCUGAGCUUGGCUGUGUUGCUCUUGGUGAUGUUGUCAUUCGGUCUGAUCACAUUGGCUACACGGCUACGUGACCGUGCCUAGGACAGGUUGUCCUUUUUUAAGAAAUGGUGCCAGAGCUCUUGGAGGUGACUGGGGAUAUAAAUGAGAGCGACCUGGCAUUUGAAAAACGAAACGCUUUUGGGAAACCAUUUGGCUCUUUUGCCCCGAAAAGAUGUUUACCGGAGAACAUUUGGCUUGGCUGUAAGGCUUAGGAGGUUAAGAGCUCGUGUAUCUAAUCUGGAGGAACCGGGUUUGAUUCCCAGCUCUGCCGCUUGAGCUGUGGAGGCUUAUCUGGGGAAUUCAGAUUAGCCUGUGCACUC